AUGGUAUCCAGACUCAUCUCUCUGUAUCAUAUGUUUACUGACAACUACAUCUCAACGAGCAAGAUGACAGAAUACGUCGAUACUUUCAUGGAGACGAGGGCUCCAAAAAUCGACCACGGCUGGCAGAUUUCGGCAAGCAACAAGUUCUCCGAGAAUCGAAAGCAGCGACAGGCUUCACAGAGAGCGUGGGAACGCACGAGGUCUUUCAAGAGUAUCGUCAGAAGCUUUGUGAAAAACACCAAGCGCGAGGAUCUGACAGGAUUCGACGUCGACCGCCAGUUCCGCUGGGAGGAUGUAAAGUCCAUGGCCUCGGACUCAAUCGAAAAAGACAAAGACAGGACGAAAUGGCGGCGCAAUCCUUUCAGAGCAGCGGGACGGUCGCUUCAGCAAGGGGCAUCAAACUUGGAGAUGCUGAUGACUUUUCUCCCUAACGGAGACUACACUGGUAUUCUCUGCGGUGCAUUGACGUUUGUCUUCUGCGCAGCCAAACGUCUGGACGAGGUCAGAAAUAAGAUCAUAACCUGCCUCGACAGCCUCCCCGACAUUGUUGGGCAGACAGAAGCGUACGUCGAUAUCUAUGAUGACGACCCGAAAGUGUGGAGUGCCGCUGAGGAUCUCUAUCUCGGCAUUCUCGACGGGGUUGAGGGCAUGCUGUUGUGGAUCGAUAAGUCAGCGUUUGAGCGUGCUUUCAAGGCUUUGAUGCUUCCUAUGACAUUUGGAACGGCGGUUGAGGAGGUCUCAAUCAAGAGAAACAUCGAGGAUAAGGUGGCACAGUUUCGGGAAGUCGUUCAAGUGAAUCUCCACAAGAGAAUCGGACAGCAGUACAAGACGAUUCAGACAUUACAAACCCAGCUGAACGGCCUCAUCUCCUACGCCAAGUGGUCACAUGAGAACCCUCAGGCCGUCGUUUUGUUCAAAACAUCAUUCAUCAACCUCAGCCAACUCCGGGGUAUCCUCAACGUUGACCCACGCAUGGCUCAGAAAGACAUGGAAACCGGAAUUAUAGACGCCCAGAAUGUCUGCCCGCCAAAUCUGAUUAACCACGCCUUAUCGGUGUUGCGAGAAGAAAAGUUCGCCAUGUGGCUGCAGUCCAACAUAUCUCACAUUCUUCUUAUCAACGGUCGGAUGCAACUCAGCCCGGAGCAGGAAGGUCGGAUCGCAGCUUACCGCUGGUAUACCUCUGCGGCCAACACAACUCAUCACAAGAUGCCCACGGUGGACCGAGAGCGUUGCUCCGCUGCAUCAGCUCACAACUAG